AUGGCUGAUAUUCGAAAUUUCUUCAAAAAAGGUUUUAUUUCAUCACCAUCAAACAAUAAUAAACGAAUACGGGAACAAAUUGAUAAUGAAGAUGAUGAUAUCUUUAUACCAAAAAGUACUGAAAAGCCACAUAAAACAAGCCCAAAAUCAGUAGAUGAGAAUGCUCUAUUAAAAAAAGCUGACAGUACAACACCGAAUAAAAAAAUGAAAAUAAAAGAAGUUGAUCCAUUAGAAAAGAAACGGCGAGUGGAAAAUUAUAAAACAUUUAUGAAUCGAGGUGGACCUGAUGCGCCUGGUUCUAAAACAAUUCCAGAUGGGGCAUCUAAUUGUCUUAAAAAUUUAACGUUUGUUAUUUCUGGCAUACUUGAAUCAUUAGAACGUGAUGAAUGUAAAAAUCUAAUAGAAAAAUAUGGUGGUCGAGUAACAGGAUCAAUUAGUAGUAAAACAACUUAUCUUCUUGUUGGCCGUGAUGGAGGUGAAUCAAAAUUAGAAAAGGCUCGAGAUUUAAAAGUCAAAAUUAUAUCAGAAGAUGACCUUCUUCACAUGAUUGCGACGCGUCCAGGUGAUGAUGAAACGCCCAAAAAAUUUCCAACUUCAACAUCACAACCACUGCCGCCUCCAUCACCUGUCAAAUCAAAACCAGCAACUUUUAAUACUGUGGGCGAUGUAGAUAAAGCUAAAACCAGUCUAUCUACUCCUCCUACAAUAAACAAUGAUUCACCAACAACUCCAAAACUAUCAGCGGAUGAAUCAACACUCAUGUGGGCUGAUAAAUACAAACCUCGUACAAUUAAAAAUCUAAUUGGACAACAAGGUGAUAAAUCUUGUGUUCAAAAAUUAAUUGUUUGGUUACGUGAUUGGUACAAACAUCAUGGACGUAGUGAUGAAAAAAUUAAAGCUAAAGCAUCCAAUGGUUUUAAUCGUAAUGAAGAUCCAGCAUUAUUUAAAGCUGCUCUGCUUAGUGGUCCACCUGGCAUUGGCAAAACUACAGCUGCUCAACUUGUCUGUGAACAUCUUAAUUUUGAAUAUAUUGAAAAGAAUGCUUCAGAUCAACGUUCAAAAAAGUUAGUAGCUACUCUUUCAAGUGAUUCCCAUAGUGUUGCUUCUUUUGUUAAUAAAUCAUCAUUAUCUAAUUGUGUACUAAUCAUGGAUGAAGUUGAUGGUGUAGCUGGAAAUGAAGAUCGUGGUGGUAUACAAGAACUUAUUUCACUUAUAAAACGAUCUCGUAUACCAAUUAUUUGUAUUUGUAACGAUCGACAACAUAAAAAAAUACGUUCAUUAGCUAAUUAUUGUUAUGAUUUACGAUUUUAUCGUCCAACUAUACAACAAAUUCGUGGUGCAAUGAUGACUGUUCUUCAUCGAGAAAAUAUUCAUCAAAUAAAACAAGAAACAUUAGAUGAAAUUAUUAAAUCAUGCAAUCAAGAUAUUCGACAAACACUUCAUUCUUUAAAUUUAUGGGCAAUUGAAGGUGAAACUAAUUCAAAUGCAGCUAAAAUGAUUGACAAAGCAGUUAAUAAUAAUCCAUUUGAAUUAUGUCGAUUAUCAUUUUCUGAUGAAUUACGUCAAAAAUCUUUAUCAGAUAAAAUAGAAAUAUUCUUUUAUGAUUAUCAGUUAAUGCCAUUAUUAAUUCAAGAAAAUUAUCUACAAUGUUUACCAACAUUAUCACGUUCAGAUAAUGAAAAAAAGAAAAUAAAUGAUAUUCAACAUUUAAGUUUACUUUCAAAAGCUGCCGAAAAUAUGUGUAUAGGUGAUAUAUGUUCACAAAUGAUCUAUAGUAGAAAUGAAAGUUGGUCAUUGUUACCAUAUCAGGCAAUUUUUUCAACUGUUGCACCAUGUUCUUAUAUUCGUGGUCAUCUUCGUGGUAUGGUUAAUUUUUCAUCAUUUUUCGGUCAACGUUCUCGUACAAAUAAAAAUGAUCGAUUAUUAAAUGAAAUUGAAAAACAUAUCUGUCUUAAAAUAGCAUCUGCUAAUAAACAACAAUUUAAUCUUGAUUAUUUAUCCUAUUUGGCUAAAAUACUUAUUCAACCUUUACAAAAAUUUCAACAACAAGGUGUUGAACAAUGUAUUGCAUUACUCGAUGAAUAUUAUCUUAAUCGAGAUGAUUUUCAAACAAUUAUGGAAUUAAAUACAUGGGGAAAAACAGGUCGAAAUCCAUAUGAUCAAAUUGAUACACAAACAAAAUCUUCAUUAACACGUAUUUAUAAUAAAACAAGUCAUCGAACACCAUACACAAUAAUUGAUAUGAAAAAAUUGAAAAAAUCAAAAGGAAAUUUUGAUGAAGAUGAUGAUGAAGAUAGUAAUGGUGAUGAAGAAGAAAAUGAAGAUGAAGAAGAAAGUAAUAUAGAAGAUGAUGCAAUGAUUAAGGUUGCUAAAAAACGUGCAAUUAAACCUACAGUUAAAAAACCUCGAGUGAAAUAG